ACAAAACCAUGCAUUCCCUCCCCUCCUUCUAAUCUUUACCCUCUCAAACCCAUUUCCUCUUCCUCCAUUUUUCUCAUCCCCAUCUCUGAAGGACCCCCCAAGAGAAAAAAAAAAACCCCAACCAUUUAAAAAAGAACAUCAAAACAACUUCGAUGAUGGCUUCUUCAGGUGGUGGCAACUUAAAUACUACUACUUCAUAUUCCAACUAUUCUUUCCAAAACCAAUUCAAUAUGGCUCCUCCUCCAAACAAUAACAAUCAUCAAGAAAAUAAGGGUUUUUCUUCUUCCUCUUCUCCUCCAUCAUUCAGUUGGGAGCUUCACCACCAAAUUCUGAACAACAACAAUAAUAAUAACAAUAACAUGGAUAAGCCUAAAUUCAAGUCAUUCUCACCAGCGCCUAUCUCUCCUUCUUCCUAUCUCACCUUUCCUCCUAGUUUAAGCCCUUCUGUUCUAUUGGACUCACCUGUGCUCUUCUCCAAUUCUAAUGCUCUUUUAUCUCCAACUACCGGGAAUUUCUCUUCUAGUUUGGAGCAAAAGGAUGAUCAGAAUCAUCAGGGCAGAAAGUUUUCCGACUUCUCUUUUCAAUCAUCCAUGUUCCAUUCUUCUUCUGCUGGCAAAAACAAUUUGCCAGAAGAAAUAUCAACAAAGCAACAAGACGGGUGGAACUUGCCAAAUAAGGCACUAAGUUCUGCAGCUGGCACAACAGCAACAGCAACAACAGCAGCGGAUCAAAUCCCCACUUCUCAAGGCAAUAAUAUGCAGAGUGGUAAUCAUCAGAAUCAUGUUAAUCCUACCCACCAUUACAAUCAGCCAUAUGUAAGGGAACAUAACCGGAAAUCAGAUGACGGAUACAACUGGAGAAAGUAUGGACAGAAACAAGUUAAAGGGAGCGAAAAUCCCCGGAGUUACUACAAGUGCACCUUUCCUAAUUGUCCAACCAAGAAGAAAGUGGAGAGGAAUUUGGAAGGCCAUAUUACUGAGAUCGUGUACAAAGGAAACCACAGUCAUCCCAAGCCACAGUCAACCAGGAGAUCGUCUUCAUCUCAGUUGUCACUUCAAGGAGUUGGGUAUAACAACGGCACCUCGGAUAUUUCAAAUCAUUCCAACACUUUGGGAGAAGCUUCCCUCAUGGAUAAUUCAUUCCCAGCUGGUGAGAACUCCACAGCUUCUUUUGGCGACGACGAUUUUGAUCAGAAUUCCGCAUUGAGCAACUCCAGGGAUGAUGAUGAGAAUGAACCUGAUUCCAAGCGUUGGAAAGGCGAAAAUGAUGAGGCGAUAUCAGUUUCUGGGAGCAAAACAGUAAGAGAACCAAGAAUUGUAGUUCAAACUACAAGUGAGAUUGAUAUUCUGGACGAUGGAUACAGAUGGAGGAAAUAUGGUCAGAAAGUUGUGAAGGGGAACCCAAAUCCAAGAAGCUACUACAAGUGCACAUUUGCUGGUUGUCCGGUGAGGAAGCAUGUUGAGCGAGCAUCCCAGGAUUUGAGAGCCGUAAUCACAACCUACGAAGGUAAACACAACCACGAUGUCCCAGCAGCUCGAGGCAGUGCCGGUUAUGCAGUAAACCGGCCUUCAUCUGUAAGCAACAACAACAUGAGCAACGGCAGCAAUGAUCAGUUUUCAACAGCAACCAUCCGGCCAUUGGCUACAAGUAGUAUGAACUCCAAUGCUAUUCAGAAUCACAACAACAUACCGAGGCCACCCCAAAGUCAAGCUCAAGCAGCGCCAUUCACUCUGCAGAUGUUGCCAAAUCAGGGGAGUUUUGGCAACAUCUCUGGCAACCCUUCUUCAAGAUCAUCUACUUACAUGAAUCAGAUGCAGCAGCAAAUAACAAACAAUGGCUAUCAUAUGACCAAGGAAGAACCUAAAGAUCACUCGUUUUUUAACUCUUUUCUCAAUUGAAUCGGCAAGAGAGAUCAUAAAUCAUGUCUAGGUGUAUUCAAAUUAACUGUGUGCAAAGCACUCAGUGGUUCCACACAAAGGUGCAUUUCAAAUGCUUCUGUAGAGGUUAAUUGUAGGACGUUGGGGGGUGUUAUGAUAGGAUUUCAUUUAAUUUCUUUAUUCUUUUAUAGGUUCAUUAGAGCUGAGCAGUUGUCCUUCAAGUGUAGUAGAAAAGAUGUAUCUUCAAACCAAAUAAUCUUUUAACAGAAUUUCUUCUUAAAAUGUUGUCCCUGAGAGAAAAGGUUUUCAAUUCUGAACUCUUUUCUGGAGCUUCUAACGUAAUAAUAUACCAGCGAAAUCAUAUAGGUGAGCCUCAAGACAAUCAGCAAAUUAACUGUUUCAUAGAACUUCAGCAGUACUCACAAAAUCACGCUACAUUCAUAAGGAAACCUCAAUGGUGGAUUAUCAUUUCACAAAAGAAUCAACUUUGCGGAGUUACUUACAAUCAGAUGUCCUUUGAGAAACAAGUAUGUUUCUCACUCACCUCUAUAAACAUUUACAAGGAAAUGAUGAAGCAAUGGAAUGUACACGAAUUUACUUGUGAUGUGUAUACAAGAGUAGCAAACGGCAAAGGAAAACAGAUAAUGGGAAAAUUAAAGGGAUCACAAUGACAAGAAAAGAAAAAUUGCCUUUCUUUCUUUCAGAUAUAGGUUUGAUUAGCAAGUUUAUAUCCAGAAAUGAUGGCAGAAAUGGCAAGAGCAAAGAAUGCCAAAAAUGCCAUGCUAAUCGCAGAAGCAGAGGAGUCAGUAAAAAUGUUAUCUGCGCCUUCUCUCAAACUGUUUGUCAAUGGUACAGCGGAUGAUGCAGCAGAUAUAACCAAGUACGCAAUCAGCUGCAAUUCAAGUGAAAUUGAGAAACAGAACUGAGAUUAGAAUCGAAACCAACAUGGUAGGCCUUCCCCAUACCUCUGUAACUUGAACUGCUAAAUGCAAAACAAAGCCACUCUUUCUUCAACAUAAAUACUUAAAUACUUUUUGAAAUCCAAACAUUAGAUGCAAAAUGCAGACGGAGAUGCCUAAAGUCAUUUUCUUCCCUUUAAACACGCUAUGUGAUGUCAGUCAAAAAUUCAACAAAUUCACACAGCAAGUUGAGGGCAUUGACUAUAUUUUGGAACUGACACAGGAAAAAAAAAUUAUAAUUAAAAAUUUUUAAUUUUUUUUUUUUAAAGAAAGACCACCAACCUGAUCGCCAAUAAAGUCUACCAUGGCCAAAUUCUGGCGUGAAAAGUAUUGAGCUGCGGAUGAAAGUUCAUGAACCUGCCUGAAUACCUGCAACCCUGUAUACAGUGUUGAUAGGAUUGCUAUUGCCAGUACAUAUCUGUAACAAAAAAUUGCAACAAUCUUUUUAAAAAUUUAGAUAACUAGCAUCAUCAUCAUCCAUCCUUUUAGUUUAGCCUCUCAAUUUCUUGUGAUCUAUUUUACUUUUAUCCCCAGGGAAAAGGGAUUUAAACCCUUAAUUUCAAUCCUUGAACUAAAAGUAGAGGAGAUUUUGUCAAUCAUCCAUGGACACGAAACAAAAGAUCAAAAUUCUUUGGUUUGUAAUGUUCAGAAACUAAAUUGAGUUCAGCAGUUGUAGCUGUUACUAAGAUCACAUCACUUUAAUAGGAUGAUAGAUACAAAACGUAAUAAAUGAGACAGAUAAUGUGACAAUGAUUAUGUAUACAUAAAUUGAACUAUAUAGGGUCGUGACAUUGAUGUAAUCACGGGUCAACUAUCAAAAUUUGGUGUAAACUUUAACUAAAUCACAAGAAAAACAAGAAUUGAAUCGUCAAUUUAAGAGACGGAUGAUAAUAAUGUUAUCUCCCAGAAAUGGGAAAAAGGGUUACAUUUCAGAAGACUAAUUAUUGUGUACCUGUAAGGUUCGUAAUCAUCAAAGUUUCUGCCAUCGCCAUGUUUGUUACUAGCCAUGAUGAUGAAAGCAAGCAAUGAACAAACCAACGCAAUCCCACGCAGAGCCAGCGACCCUUUUUUCAACAAAUCCUCCCUCUUCCACCGCCGUAAUAUAUUCGAUAUUCCGGCACCGCCGCCGCCAGGCUGGCCUUGGUUCUCGACAUCUCCACCACUUGCGGUGGUCGCCGGCGUUGGUUCUUUUUCCACGACGUGGCCAUCGUGAUCCGCCAUAUAUAAUUGUUUUAAAGCUAGCUUAGCUGGGAAACGGGGAAAACUGGAAAAGAGUGGAUGGAAUUUUUUUGUUGGGUGUCGAUGAAUCAGAUGAAGCAGAAUUAGGCCGCAAGAAAUUGACGGCGACAAGAAAUGCUCCCCGAAUGAAUCAUUUGACAACUCAGCUUUGGUGGAAUAAUUGCUUAUCUGGCUGUAUUUGGCUUUUUUCUAAGAAAAAGGAAAACUAUUAUAUAUAUAUAUAUAUAUAUAUAUAUAUUUGUAUGGCCAAUAACAGAAAAAAGAAACACUAUUUCCUAUUUUUGUUUUAGCAUUUAGUUAAGUAUUUAGGUACCAUAAAAAUAAAAGCUUUUCAUCAUAUUUUUAUUGUUUAGCUUUAUUUAUGAUAGAAAAAGAAAAAUUUUAAACUUUCCGGUAAAUUAUUAAAAAAUUAAAGUAUAUUUGUUGAGUAAGAAUGUUGUUCCCAAAAUGCAAAAAAUUGUGUUGAAAAUGGGGGAAAAAAAUCAAUUUCAAGAUAGUACAACAUAAACCUUACGAGGUCUUAUCAGGCA